GGCGCUGCACCGGCGGGCGGCCCGCGGUCCCUCGGCGGCUCCGGCAUCCAGGACGGCGCGGGAGGGAGACCGGGAAGGAGGGAGGAUGAACCUGGAGCGGCUCAGGAAGCGAGUGCGCCAGUACAUCGACCAGCAACAGUAUCAAAGUGCCCUGUUCUGGGCUGACAAAGUAGCUUCACUCUCUCAUGAGGAACCACAGGAUAUAUACUGGCUGGCCCAAUGCCUUUACCUGACAGCUCAGUACCACAGGGCAGCGCACGCCCUUCGAUCACGGAAGCUGGAUAAGUUGUAUGAGGCAUGUCGCUACCUUGCAGCCAGAUGUCACUAUGCUGCAAAAGAGCAUCAACAGGCCUUGGAUAUUCUUGAUAUGGAGGAGCCAAUCAACAAACGACUUUUUGAAAAGUACUUGAAGGAUGAAAGUGGGUUGAAAGAUUCUACCACAGACUGGGAGAUGUCACAGUCCUCAAUCAAGAGCUCUAUAUGCCUUUUACGAGGGAAGAUCUAUGAUGCUUUGGACAAUAGAACCCUGGCAACUUACAGCUACAAAGAGGCCUUGAAGCUGGAUGUUUACUGCUUUGAAGCAUUUGAUCUUUUAACUUCACACCAUAUGCUGACAGCACAGGAAGAAAAAGAACUCCUUGAAUCUCUACCUCUUAAUAGACAAUGUACAGAAGAAGAGCAGGAAUUGCUUCACUUUUUAUUUGAGAAUAAAUUGAAAAAGUAUAAUAAACCCAGUGAAACACUGAUUCCUGAAUCAGUAGAUGGUCUUCAGGAAAACCUGGAUGUGGUAGUAUCCCUAGCAGAAAGGCAUUAUUACAACUGUGACUUCAAAAUGUGUUAUAAGCUUACUUCAGUAGUGAUGGAAAAAGAUCCCUUCCAUGCGAAUUGUUUACCUGUACAUAUAGGGACACUUGUGGAGCUUAACAAAGCAAAUGAACUUUUCUAUCUUUCUCACAAACUGGUGGACUUGUACCCAAAUAAUCCUGUGUCAUGGUUUGCAGUAGGAUGCUAUUAUCUCAUGGUUGGCCACAAAAAUGAACAUGCUAGAAGAUAUCUCAGCAAAGCCACGACGCUGGAGCGAACCUAUGGCCCUGCAUGGAUAGCAUAUGGACAUUCCUUUGCAGUGGAGAGUGAGCAUGACCAGGCAAUGGCUGCGUACUUCACAGCUGCACAGCUCAUGAAAGGGUGUCAUUUGCCUAUGCUCUAUAUUGGACUGGAAUAUGGUUUGACCAACAACUCCAAGUUGGCUGAACGGUUUUUCAGCCAAGCUUUAAGCAUUGCACCUGAAGAUCCUUUUGUUAUGCACGAAGUUGGAGUGGUGGCAUUUCAAAAUGGAGACUGGAAAACUGCAGAAAAGUGGUUCCUUGAUGCACUGGAGAAAAUCAAAGCUAUUGGAAAUGAGGUAACAGUUGAUAAGUGGGAGCCUUUAUUGAACAACUUGGGACAUGUCUGCAGAAAACUCAAGAAGUACGAAGAAGCACUGGAAUACCAUCGCCAGGCUCUGGUGUUGAUCCCUCAGAAUGCUUCUACUUACUCUGCCAUUGGCUACAUACACAGCCUCAUGGGCAAUUUUGAAAGUGCCAUUGACUAUUUCCACACGGCCCUUGGUCUCAGGCGGGAUGACACAUUUUCGGUCACAAUGCUCGGCCACUGCAUAGAAAUGUACAUUGGUGAUUCUGAAGCCUAUAUUGGAACAGAGAUCAAAGACAAAUUAAGAUGUUAUGACUUUGAUGUACACACAGUGAAGACAUUAAAGAACAUAAUUUCACCUCCCUGGGAUUUCAGAGAAUUCGACAUAGAAAGACAAACUGUGGAUGAAAGUGGCAUAGUAACAUUAGAGACAUCAAAUCAAAGAAAAAGUACAGAUACCAGUCGCCCAUUGGAAGAAACAUUUGAGAUUGAAAUGAAUGAAAGUGAUAUGAUGUUAGAAACAUCAAUGUCAGACCAUAGUACGUGACCAUAAAUACUGGUAGAGAGCUCAUUUUGUCUAAGUGUACUAUGUUUGUUUUAGCAUCUUUGUUAUGGUGUUGUACUUUCAUGAAUUUGCUAUUUUUUAUAUGAAUUCAAACUACUAUGUACUUAACACCAGGAGUUUUAUAGUUCCUGCUUUAUAAAUAUUCCUUUCCUGAUUCCUCAUGAAUCCCCAUCUGAAUCAAGAAGACCUCAUUGCAUUGAUGUAGGCCAUAUACAUAGUCUGAAUCCACAGUGUUGGCUAUUUUGCACAUGCCUGUGCAUUACUGAAGAUGAAUUCAAGUUUUAGACACAACUGCACUUUGGAAUUCAAGGGUAUCAAGGGAGGAAGAGCUUGGGGGGGAGUCUGUAUUUUAUCAGCAAUUGCACACACUCUCACUGUGGAAAUCUGUUGGGUCCAGGUGAUCCCAGUGCUUUCCUAUGAGGACCAGCUCAGUAGUGCAGAGAAGUCUGGUUCUGUCCCAGUGACAAUGGGAAUUGUGCUGUGGCUCCACAAAGGGAAUGGGUGAUACCCAUAUGUUAGAAAAUAUAGUCUGGACUUUGCAUUGAGUGCAGAAUUCAAUACCAGUCCCAUAUAUUCUUGAACACUAGAAAAUAAGGUGAACAAAAAUGUUUUACUUCCUAGUUCUAGAACAAUUCACUGAAAGUUACACAUACUCCUGAAAAACAUAGUAUGAGCCAUGAGUCUUAAGUGAAAAAGUGUUCAAGCAGAGUGUAGGAAAAAUUAAUAAUUUAGGAGGCAUAUGUAUCUCCUGGGCAGAGUCAGGUCUCUUCUUCAGUGUGACUGGCAAAAGGAGCUCAUACAAAGGACUUUAUUUUCACUUGGAAUCUGGUAAUUGGGGUGUGGUUCAGGUGACUUCUUUGAUGUAAACUUGGGAUUUUUCCUGAACAUUCUGGAAGGAUCUCUAAUGAGUGUGUCUCAACAGCUGCUCUAUUAAGCGGAUCUCUUCCUUUAAAGGAUCUUUUGGAUGUUAUUUUUACAUCUGUGCUCAUGUAUCCUGAAUAAUUGCAAACAAGACUAUCUCAUGGAUAAUAUGACAGCAAAGGCUUGUUGCUGCACACAGAAGGAUAUUGCAAAUAGAUUCUCAAAGAUUCUCAAGGAACACAACUCCUUUUUCUCUAUAUCAUUAUUUUUAAUCCAGCAUGUGUCAGUCUAGUUUUCUAGUAAGACAUCAUGGCAAUUUCUAAAUGGAAGGUGGCAAAAUAAUAUUCUAGAGAAUCAGGCCUUUUGACUACUGUCAGACAUGGAUAUAAAUCUUGCAGUGUUUUGUUCCAAUUUUCUCAUUGGCAAAAUGGUUUUAAAUAUUGAUAGAAGUUCAUCUUUCUUCCUGUACUCCCCAGUUACAAUCUGAUGCUGUGUUGGCUGUGAUAGCAACAUUGGUUUAUGUUAUUCCUGCCUGUAGGAAUCUACUGUGCCACUUCCUCAGCUGUGGUAAUACAAAUCCUUGUGUGGUUACAUUGUGAAUGAAAUCAGGGAACUGGAACAGCAUUUAAAAAUAUUUUCUAGAUCUGAUCAAUUCUCAGGUGCAAGGAGAGCAAGCCACUGCUGUGUUACUGGUUGUCAGUGGGGCAGAGUGGUUGGAGUGGGAGGAUGGAACAGCAGCCUGUCGUGACACUGUGCUUGGCAGGUAUCUGUUGGAGGUUUUUGGGCUGGCUAUUGCUAACCUUUAUUUAUUGGUAUUAAAAUUGCCCAGAAAGAAAUGUAUGCAAAGUGUCCUAGAUUGUGCAGGACUCUUUUGGAUGUCGGAGGACUUCUUGAUACAGCUUGACUUGGCUCCAAGCCUCUUAGGCAGCUGCAGCUGAGUUAGAGCUUGUGAGCUGGUUCAUGAUGUGUCUCAGACAGGACUUCAGGAGAAGUUCUUCUCUCCUCAUUUAUCUUCUGUUCAAUGUUUUAACCUACUCUUGUUCUGUCCAAAUCCCUGCCUUUGUACUUGCUGGCAGCAUCUGUUUGCCCUGAUCUUCUGCACCUCCCAUCACCCGUCCUGCUCUUACUAGAGAGACCUUGGUGCCUUUCUGGGUUAUUAUGACAUUCACCCUGGCUCUAGUUAAAGUGAGUAUUGUCCUCAUGAGGACUUUGGUUAUUAGUUUUGGCCUGACUUGACCUCAGAGUCUUGAUUCGUGCUUCAAGCCAUUGCCAUUGCCUGACUUGGCUUUGGCUGCUGAGUACAUGGGUCCAGGACUGUCAGGUUGGGUGGCUGAUAAAUAUACCCCAAAAAGGGACAUUUUUACUCUGUCUCAUAACUUCAUCUUUCUCUUCCAAGGAUUAGUUUUGUCCCAGAGAGGAGAGAUCUGAAUGUUGCCUUAAAGGUUUUCAGAACAGUUAUGAAAACCCACAAGAUAUUUGUGCUGCAAAUGGCUCCAAAAGUUUCUUCAUAGAUACUGCUGCCUAAAAGAUUUGAAAACAAAUAACAUGUUAGUUCAGUUGAUCAGGCUGCAGGUGCUAAUAAUGCCAGGGUUGCAAGCUUAAGCCCCAUGUGGCCCAUUCACUUAAAAGUUGACUCAGUGGUCCUUGUGGGUGCCUUCCAACUCAGAAUAUUCUGUGAUUUCAGUUUUUGCAGCCAAUGCCACCUACUUUUAUUAUUCCACAUAAGAUCAUGUAUUUCCUUCAUGCUUUGGACUGUUUGAGGAACUGUCAAUACAGCAGGAUCUGAAGA